CAGCUAUGAAUUGAGCCGACACGUGGGCGCAAGAGCUUUUGUGUGCAGUGCAUUUCUUAGCAUUACGUUUCACGACUUCCUCCGGGCACGGCGCGACCCAAGUAUGCUUUGUUCGCUACCAUAGCAUUGCGUCCGGCAACGUAGCUUCCGAAUAAGUUAAUUGGUCUGGACACCUACCAGGCUAUAGCCUACAAUCUGACUUCCUACGAUUGAUUACCAGUCUGCAUCGGGUAUUUCGUGUGCCGAACGCAUCCUCAUUCUCUGUCUCACGGAUUUCUUUCAUCACUCAUCAGACUACUGGCUGUUUACGCGUUUGGUGACUGCAUAGGUUGUUGUUGUUGGCGCGUCUGACAAUGAAGACGUAUGACAUUGGAGGCGUUUCUCGGUCGUACCCUUCAGUUACUCUAGGCUUCUUCAACUUGCUGGCUUUGGCGGCGUUUUCGAGUGGAACGACGGUGAGUCUGUUGCAGCCGGUUGCUCCAUCGAGCUCGACGUUUGGAGAGCGAGAUGCGAGUGUGGGUGUUAAGACACCAGCACAAAGCUCGAGUGGCUUGUUAACGGCGCAUUCUGUUUCCGACCUGUUUGACAUGUCUGUACAUGUACAAGAGUCAGAGUCUGGUAUUAAGAUGGAGUCGUUUGUAUUGGCUUCAGUGAGCAGUUACAGUGAUUCACUCGCCAUUAUUACUCCAACUCCGUCCGCUGUUGUCUCAUCUGAUGGUCUGAGUGCCUCUUUGGUGAGUGGAAUGGAGACCUCUGAGAUGAGUGAUUUGGUUGUUGUGCAGUCGACUGUGGUUGUGCAGUCUGUGUCUGCGUUUGAGGUGUCGAGCAGCUUAAAUGUUAGCGGCCAGAGUAUCAUGAGAAUGACUCUGAUUUCUAGCAUUCCGACUGGAAAUGUGUCCGCACAUGAAACUGUCAGCAUCAUUCGAGUACUUGGCAAUGCGUCUGUUAUGGGGGUGUCUUCUACCACUUCCUCUGUUGUUCAAAUGUUUUCUAUUCCUCCUACUAAUUCGUCUGUUGUACGAGUGUCCACUUCUUCUCCUACCAGUUCGUCUGUACAAGCGUCCUGUCCUACUUUGGUUUCACUGUCUGUCACUGCUGCGGUUGAUAUGGCAGUUACAAUGGAGCAACUCGCUCGAGCUGUUACAGUACACUACAAUGGAGUUUCUCUGGACAAGUGGCAAGAAGACGACUCGGGGAUCAACCAAUUUCGAGAGCUUGUGUUUGAAAUUCUGAACAGCUCGUGCAGCUGUGGAGUGAACAGUUCGAGUCAAGUUCAUAUUGUUCCUCACACGCCAUAUAGUAAGGAUGACGGGAGUUCGAUUGCUCUGUUUCUGAUCGACUCUCAACAACGGGUAGUCAAGAAGGAAGAAUUUUUCUCUAUUCUGUUGAAUCAUGCGGAGCAACUCAGAAGCUUGUUUUCUGAUGACAUUAGCUCAGUGGAGGUGACGAGAGACGUAUCUGAAUGUAUCUGGAGGAAGAUAUUCGGUCGUUUUCCGGACCUCAUUGACAACUUCGUGCUACCGUGGGUGCCACUCAUUGCAGCCGCUGUACUUCUCCUUUUGGUUUUGCUUUACAGAGCCAGACAGGCUAAUUAUUGGUCGAGACACAGAUCUAAAGUUGAUCUGUCGACCGUGUAUUAUAUCACAGAUCUUGACACCACUGCAAUGUACAAUGGGAAUGGUUCGAGUAAUACAAAUGGGAAGCAUUUUGUCAAUGGGGAGAAGCCUGACGUUUCUGUAUUGUCACAAGAUGCAUCCGAGGUGUAGUUGUUGAGUGUAUUUCAUUUGAUGUUUUACAUACAGGAUUUUUCAGACUAAAUAAUUCUGCAGUUGCAGCGUGUGUGUAGCUACCAUUGAUAUGUACUAUAUAUACGUCGUUAUCAAUGUUACUUAUUACAUCA